AGCCCACCUUCACCCAUCGAGCACCCUCCAAUCUUCAAGGCGUCGCAGCAGGCAAGGCAUCGAUCGAUCAAUCACCAGCAGCGCGUGCCGCGUAGAGAGAUCGAGAGAGAGAGAGAGAGAGAGAGAGAGAGAGAGAGAGAGAGAGGAGUCUCACCGGAGAAGGGAGGAAUCGUCAUCGCCACCGCCACCGCCAUGGGCAAGGUCCGCUCCUUCUUCUCCCGCAGCGGCAAGCGCGGCGCCGGCCCGUCCUCGCCGUCCUCCUCCGCGGCGGGCAGCGCGCCGUCGUCGCCGUCCCCGAGGAAGUCGUCGGCGUCGGCGCCGGCGGCCCCGGCGGCGGAGACCAAGGACGAGAUGGAGCGCGUGUUCCGCAAGUUCGACGCGAACGGCGACGGGCGGAUCUCGCGGUCGGAGCUGGCGGCGCUGUUCGAAGGCGUGGGCCACGCGGCCACGGAUGACGAGGUGUCGCGCAUGAUGGAGGAGGCCGACGCGGACGGCGACGGCGCCAUCAGCCUGCCCGAGUUCGCCGCGCUCGUGCGCUCCGCCGACGCCGACGCCGACGCCGUCGAGGAGGACCUGCGCCACGCCUUCAUGGUCUUCGACGCCGACGGCAACGGCCUCAUCACGCCCGCCGAGCUCGCGCGCGUCCUGCGCGGCCUCGGGGAGGCCGCCACCGUCGCCCAGUGCCGCCGCAUGAUCCAGGGCGUCGACCGCAACGGCGACGGCCUCGUCUCCUUCGACGAGUUCAAGCUCAUGAUGGCCGCCGGCGGAGGCUUCGGCAGGAUGGCCUCCUCCUCUUCUUAGGCACUCAUCUGUUUGGGCAAGAUCACUGCUCGGCUCUGCUCCCACAAAUUGGAUUCGUUCGUUGAAUUGCACUGUACAUACGUAACAGCGAGAUCGAAGAGAUCAUCGCCACCAAACCAAAGUAAUUACUAGUACUAGGCCCAUAUCACACGGACAAAACCACAUCGAAAAAUAGCACGAUUGGUUUUGUAUAUGUACAUAUAUCGCCAAUGUGCAUCCGUUGUACAUGAUGGAUGUUGAAUGAUUUGUUCUGGUUUCAGUUCAAAUCUUAUGGUUUCCACUUCUCGCAGUGUUGUGUAUCUCAUGGUUUCUGAGCUUUGUUAGCAUGGUGCGACUUGUGUGA